UCAUCUUCCGGGCGAAGGGGGCGGGGCAAACGGAGCUGGACAGUCAUAAUGAUAAUGGUGAUGAUGGCUGAACCGCCCCCAAAAGUCCAUAUAUACCCAUGGAUUUUGUUUCUGUCGUGUCUGGACUUCUUCCACGGCGUGCUCUCCGUCAACAUGACGCUUCCCAGCGCCGUCAUCACAGGCACGGUCGGCGGCGAGGCCCUCCUGGCCGCGUCCUACGUCAGCUUUAGCGCCGACCUGCCCGUCAUCAAGUGGCAGCUGCGCAGGGAGAAGUCGGUCACCGUCGUCCAGUCCAUCGGUACGGACAUCGUGGGCACGCUCAGACCCGAGUAUCGCGAUCGCAUCCUGAUAUUCCCCAACGGAUCGCUCCUCCUGCACAACCUGAGGCUGUCUGACGAGGGCACGUACGAUGUGGAGGUCUCCAUCACGGACGAUACGUUCACGGGGGAGGGAAGCAUCACGCUCACCGUGGACGAGCCGCUGUCCCAACCCUCGGUCCUCCUGGAGGCCACCUCCGUGUUGGAGCGCAGUCACAACGUGGUCCUCACCUGCUGGCACGCCGCGGGCACCAGGCCCUCCUACAGGUGGCUGAAAGGCGGCGCGGCGCUGGGCAACGACAGCAGGCUGGUGCUGUCACAUGACCACAAGAACCUGACCAUCACUCGGGUCACCAUGGCGGACGACGACGUCUACGGCUGCGUGGUGGAAAACCCCGCUGGCACGGCAACCAGCCCGCCGGUCAGACUGAGUGUCUACAAAAGAAGUUCCAUCUACAUCUUCCUCUCCACCGGCGGCAUCGUCCUCCUCAUCGCCUUGGUAACCGUCUGCGCCUGCUGGACGCCAUCCAAAAAGAAAAGAGGAAAACCUUUCUCCAGGUUUUAUAAUCAACACACCUCAAGACGUCACUCAGUUGAUGCAUCUCCUGAGGAGACGCAGCCCCGUGGAAAGAACGCCGUGACGCCGCUGCACAUCAUGCAGCAAAAGGAUCUUUCCCCGGGCGACUCUUCCGGCAACAGUGUCGGUUCCACUUGUGAAGCCGAGCAUCCUCCGGCUUACAGCAGCUACAUGGACUCUCUCACCAGGGCUCAUGUUCACUCCAUGCUCAAGUCCAGCUGAAACCUGCAACACCUUCAAAUAACGUCCUUUGUAAACAUUGAUCUCAUCUCAUUAACUGACGUGUAAUUAGGAGACGUAACUAAUAUCAAUGCCAGAUUUCCUUACCACUCUUAAUAUUAAAAAAAAAAAAACUUUCUGCACACUUUGACCCUUUUUACAGGGAAAAUUGUGUUUACUCUUUCAUAGUUGUGUUGGUUCUUAAUUUUUUUUAGCUGUUGUUGCAUAAUUUUAAAAGGAUGAAUUUCCAUUAAACAAUAAAAAUAAUACAAUUUUGCUCACCAAAGGGUCAGAUAAUAUUCACUUUAAAGGGGAACUGCACUUCUUUUUGGGAAUGUUGUCAUUAUGAGAGACAAGAACACAGUUCUUUUUUUUUUUAGGAUUUUAAAAAUGAUUUUAAAAAGUGAGUCAACAUUUUAGCCUUCAAAGUCCUCUAAAACGAUUUCAAAACCCUCUAUCAACAUUUUAUAUACACACUGCAAGUAUAUAUAGAAUUUAAUAACAGACAUGUUCAUAACAAUAUUAUUUUUUUUAAUCUAAUUAACUUCUUCAGCCCAUUGAUUUUCGUUUCCGCAACAACGCACUUCCGGCAACAAUUGUGUGUUCCUACUUCCUUAAACAAACGUCUGUGUGUCUAUUUUAAUCAUGGCAGAAUCGAUAACAAACAACAAAGACGACUAUUUUUGUACAAAUGAGGAUUCACAACCUUCUUUUUUUGAAGCUGAAUAUACUGAGGAUGAACUACGGCUUCUAGAAGCGAGCACGAAGGAAGGGUGAGACGUUGAAGCAGACGGGGGCCGAGAGAGUGAGGUGAAGGUGACUUUGACCCUGUAAAUAUGGAGCUUGGAGCCAAGCUAUUUUGACAUAAAUGGCGCGCUUACCCGAAUAAAACGGAAAAAAACGUCCCCGGCCAGCUGGAGCAAACGCACAACUGUCCAUCGGGUGACUCACACUUAAAUAUCGAUCAUGAUACACGCAGCACGUCAUGCUUGUUAUUACAGCUCCAGUACAUAUGCUAACGAGCUAGCAGUGUACAACCAAAAUAUUAAAAAUGGGCAAAUAUUUAACAGGUACUGUAAUAUGAUUGUUCAUGUUUUUCAAUUAGUACAGAUUGGUGUUGUGUAUUAUGAACUUAAAACACUUUGAGUGUUGUCGUAGAAGCUAGUUUAUCUCUUUCCGUAGUUAGCUUGUAGCAUGAAAAUGUGUCACUAUGCUAGUAAGAGAGUUCUUCAGUGUUCGCUCUUACAAUAACAAUGUCGCUACAGUUUGGUUAUUAUACAGGUUACGGAACGUAAAUAAAGUCUUGUUGACGUGAUUAAAUGCAUUUUUGAAGUGAUAUUGCGGUAGAAUUGAUUGCUCCUGUUUGCUGCAUCGCUAGUCACCAAGCGACGAGACGAUUUUAACAUGUUGGGCUGCAAAAAAAAAAUAAAAAAAAUGGUUUUCUUGUCUUUGAUAAUGAUUGUAAUCGAUGGGCAAAUUUAAAAUAUUUAAUAACAAAUUACCGUAAAGUAGCUCAAUGGAAUUGGUCGUGCUGUUUGAGUGGAAAUCAAUUAAUUUUUUAAUUUUUAUUUUUUUUAAAUCAAAUGAAAAAAAUAUUUAAAGUACAAUUUUAUUGUUUCCAAUUUUAAAUAAAAUUCAAAAUAUUUAUUUUUUUCAAAGUGGCUGAAAGAGUACUCAAGUCUGUCAAGUAAAUGUCAAAAAAGUGACAUUAUUGAAUGUGAUUGACAUAUUAUACAUGUUGAAAAUAUGAUUUAAAUAGAAACAAAUAAAUGGAUAAAAGUAGUUUCCUUUCUUCUCAAUCAGUCUGACUGAUUUAUAUUAUGUUAAAACAAAACAUAAGCCAUAUUAGUUUGUUUUUUUUCUUCCAGUAGAAUAUUAGAAUAUAAUAAAUAUUUACAGUCCACCUAGAUGGACAAUUUUCUGUGGCUCAGCAAACAUUGUCAAAUAUAAAAACAUUUAAUAGGUCAAAAUAGGAAUAUAAAUACAGCUAAGUUAGGAUCUAAAAACAUAACAUUUGUUCCUUCUUGGCUGCACUUAAAUGUAGAAUAUAUGUAGAAUAUAUUUAUAUUAUUCAUAUAUCAUAUAUGAUAUAAAUUAUAUUUUUUAUUAUUAUUAUUGUCUAUUUUGAGUGAACUGUGGUGCUGAAUUUCCCCUAGGGAUCACUAAAGUACUUUUUAUUCUAUUCUAUUGUAUCUUCCUAAAUAAACAAGAGCAUAUAAAGUUGGCUAAAAAAAAUUAAAAUGCAAAGAAUAAAGAUGAGUAAUUAA